AUGCUAUGUGUAGUAGUGGUUGUUGUAAUAGUGGUUGUUGUAGGUGUAGUGGUGGUUGUAGGUUUAGUGGUAGUUGUAGGUGUAGUGGUGGUUGUAGGUUUAGUGGUAGUUGUAGGUGUAGUAGUGGUUGUUGUAGGUGUAGUGGUGGUUGUUGUAGGUGUAGUGGUGGUUGUAGGUGUAGUGGUUGUUGUAAUUGUAGUGGUGGUGGUUGUAGGUGUGGUUGUUGUAGGUGUAGUGGUGGUUGUAGGUGUAGUGGUGGUGGUUGUAGGUGUAGUAGUGGUUGUAGAAUUAAACCAAAAAUCACGCUGUUUUGGGUUUACUGGAGAAAGGUAUGAUACCUGGGAAUUGCGUUUUGCUGUUGAUUGUAGGUCUGCGCAAAGUGUGAGAGGCGGUCGAAGCUGUGACUCCAGAUUUAUACAGUUUGACAAGAAUUGCUAUUUCUUUGGCACGAUUAAGAAGUCAUGGGAUGCAGCGAGACAGGAAUGCCAGAAUUUGGGUGCUGAUCUUGUUGCCAUAGAAACCUAUGCAGAAGACAACUUCAUCUACAACCAGAUCCUGUCCAUGUCAACCUCUUCUCAACUGCUUGGUUACUGGACUAGUGGUUUGAUGGUCCACAGAGGACGAUGGGAGUGGCAAUCUACCAGUCGUUCUAUCAACAGCUACACAAGGUGGUAUCCUGGACAGCCAGAUAAUCCCGUGACCCAGCAUUGUCUUAAUCUAUAUACGAAAUUUUCCUUCUACUGGGAUGACUUCUACUGCUCUAAUGAAUUGGGGUUUAUUUGCGAGAAAGCUGGCGGCACUCCACCCAAUUCCGAUUCAGUUUCUUAGAAAGAAAAAUAUUUUACGCUAAUAAGAAAUGUUGAUGGAGUCUUUCUAGGAACACUUCAAAGAUCACAAUAAAAAUCUUA